UCUCUCCCUCACCUUAUCUAACCCGAUUGAUUCUUCUCAACCAAAUCUUCUCAACCCAGAAAGAAAGAAAAAAUGGCGUCCUUAGCACAGCAAUUUGGUGGGCUAAAGUGUCCGCCAUUAUCAACUGUGGAAAACAACAAAUUCUCGACUGCUUCAAAGAACCAUUGCUACACGGUGCUGCCGAGAAAGAGAAGUGUAAUAUCAGCAGCAGCUGUUGUUAUUGCAAAUGCACAAACAAGAGAGAGAAUGAAGCUGAAGGAGAUGUUUGAGGACGCGUACGAGAGGUGCCGCACUCUCCCCUUGGAAGGUGUCGCCUUCACCAUUGAUGACUUCCACGAUGCCCUUGAGAAAUACGAUUUCAAUUCCGAAAUUGGUACCAAGGUAAAAGGAACAGUUUUUAACGUAGAUGCAAACGGUGCAUUAGUUGACAUAACCGCAAAGUCAUCAGCAUACUUGCCUCUGAGAGAGGCAUCAAUCCACGGCCUUAAACACGUGGAAGAGGCAGGCAUAGUUCCUGGUUUACGUGAAGAAUUUGUAAUAAUUGGAGUGAACGAGGCCGAUGAUAGUUUAAUCCUGAGCCUUCGUAAUAUUCAGUACGACCUUGCCUGGGAAAGGUGUAGACAACUUCAAGCUGAAGAUGUUGUUGUCAAGGGUAAGGUAGUUGGAGCUAACAAAGGUGGAGUGGUGGCAGUGGUGGAAGGUCUUCGUGGUUUUGUUCCAUUUUCACAAGUCUCCACUAAAUCAACUGCAGAGGAACUUCUGGAAAAAGAACUUCCUCUAAAGUUUGUAGAAGUUGACGAGGAACAGUCGAGGCUAGUCCUCAGUAACCGUAAGGCCAUGGCUGAUAGUCAAGCACAGCUUGGAAUUGGUUCUGUAGUUAUCGGAACUGUUCAGAGCUUGAAACCUUAUGGUGCAUUCAUAGACAUUGGUGGAAUUAACGGCCUUUUGCAUGUCAGCCAGAUCAGCCACGAUCGUGUCUCCGAUAUUGCUACAGUUCUUCAGCCCGGUGAUACUUUAAAGGUUAUGAUUCUAAGCCAUGACCGUGAGAGAGGACGAGUCAGCCUCUCGACUAAGAAGUUAGAGCCUACCCCUGGUGACAUGAUUCGCAAUCCCAAGCUGGUUUUUGAAAAGGCAGAAGAGAUGGCUCAGACAUUCAGGCAAAGGAUAGCUCAAGCAGAAGCCAUGGCUCGUGCUGAUAUGUUAAGAUUCCAACCUGAGAGUGGGUUGACCCUUAGCUCUGAAGGGAUCCUAGGACCUUUGACUUCAGAUUUGCCUGUUGAAGGUUUGGAUUUAGGCGAUAUCCCCCCAGCUGAAGAUUGAUGAAUGCACCGAUUUUUGAACUUUUGAGCUGUAUGUAGUGUUUGGCCUCACUUCUACGUUAUUCAUCCUAUUGUAUCUCUCUAUAUUGUUGUCAAGAAUUUAGCAGUGGUUGUUGAUGUCUAUUUAUUUAUUUAUUCAAGU